AUGUCGGGAGGUAUCCGAUUUGUUGGAAAUUUUGAUAUAGCUAGUGAAGGUAAGUUUCUCUGGGAAGUACUAUGCCAACUGAGAAAAUUUGGUGUUGGUAGAAUUGUAACUAAGAAUGAAUGGGCGAGGAAAUGGCCUGGACAACCUUCGUACAUGAAAGUAGUCAAGGUGCAACCAACGAUGGAUAGAUGGUUGUUCGGCGGAAAAGUUUGGGCUGAAUGGGUGUACAGAGGACAGAACUUGGGUAUUUAUGAGUUUUCCAAAGAUCUCAACAGAAGCGAUUGGCGAUUAAUCCAUAAACACGAGGAGGAGACGUUCGCUAAAAGUAAAACUCCCAUGAAAGAAGUUGUUUUCCCUGAUAGCAUGCCUAUUCCACCAUUACAAGUACAUUUUAUGAAAAUGAAUGCUUUAAAAAAUAAAGAAUCAGUUGAAAACGUCCCUCUUCGAACAUCUUUGAGUCUCUGUGUUGACCCCGAACUUGAAAUGGCAAAGAAGUUUUUCGUACAGAAGCCUGUGGCUAACCCGGGUAAAUCAGUAUAUGAGGAAGCUGAUAAAUCAUCUUUAUUAGAUUUAUAUGGAAGUGAGAUCCCUGUGAAGGUUGAAUCAUGGAAUGUCGGACCUGCUAAGUUCACUCCUAAGUUCUCAAAUGUAGAUAUGAAAGUCAAAGAGCAGAGCAGCACGUAG